AUGGACACGAAACAGGAGCUUGAUGAGCUCAUUGCAAAGGCCAAGAAGGAUGGUAUCCUAAUGGAUGAAAGAAUCAUUGAGUUGUGUAAAUCGAUGAGUGAUGCCGCCGCAGCUAAAGCGACAUUUAAUCAGUACAAGGAAACGUGCUCCGCGGCCCAGGAGGGCAAGGCGGCGGUCAAGGAGGCCAAGGUGGCGCAAGAGCACAGUGUUGAAGCGACCUAUGGGUCAACCAGUGGGUACUUCAAGCAACCACCACUUUGUAUUAACACGGCUGCACAACCUAGCAACGCCAACAACGGAGGCAAGGAUCCGGAGGAAAAGAAUAAGCCAAUGGCAGAGAUCAUUCCGUCGAACAAAAAAAACCAUGUGCCCAUUGGGGAGGUGAGCAUUCCAACGACCGACGCCAAUGACGACCUCAUCAUCAGUAGUUUGGCAGCGAAACGAGGCAGAAGCGCGAGGCGUGAGCUUAUAUACGCAAACGAGGCGGAAGUGCAAGGCAUUUGCCUCCUUAUGAUUGAAGACGCUUUGAAAUGUCUGGGUCUGUCCACGGAGGAGGUCAUGCCACACCUUGAAAUCUCUAUAUACACGAUGCGACCAGAUAUCCUUUUAGUCCUUCGGCGUGAAGGACGCAUCAUUUUUGUGAUCGAGGUCAAGAACCCGGAAAUAAAUCAAGGCGACGUGUUCCAGAAUCAGAACGUCGCUGGUCAGAUAGCUUCGUACUUGGUAGCGAUGAAGGCACUGGGAGACGAGACUCCCAUGGGCGCGAUUAUGACCUACGACAAGAUUGCGUUGGUGACACUUGCCGACUAUUCUGGCGACAAAUCAUUCCAAAAGGCCGUUGAGAUGGCAGAGCGGAGCUUGACAACAGGCCGCAGCCCGACGCAGGAUCACUCAGAGAAGGAGACCAACUGCCAAUCUCGCAAGUCCACACCGGUCAAGACUGUGGUAGUCUACUCAAACAUCACGAAGCCCAAAGACGAAGUCGUGACACAUGUCUUUGAAGAAGGCGAAGAUGGUGAUGGCGACAAAAAAUUGAAGCUACAAGCUCACAUUUCCGAUGUGCAUCAGGGCGGGGCCGUCUUUCCCUUCCUACUGCAGGCAUUGCAAAUUGCGUACCUGAAGGGCAAUGGCGUGAAGGACAUCGUUCCAGCCGUGAAAAAUGGUGAUAGUAUCGGCGAGCGACUGGCCUUUAAAGUUUCGAAAGACUCUUUUGCCUGGUGCCAAGUUCGAAAAGGCGUCGAGGCGAAAAGAGAUGUCAAAGCGUUUCCGAGAAGCAAUUGCGGCAACUUCUACAUUUUGGGCAAGCUCGGACAAGGCCGCAGCGGAGCCGUCUACUUGGUCACCACUACAUCCGGGAUUGCUUGUGCGAUGAAGAGCUACUACUUGAAGCCGUCAAAUGGCAAAGCCGAGGAAGACAAGAAAAGGCUACAAGAAGUAGAAGAAGUGUCAAAGGAGGAAGCGGACCAUUGGCAGAAGCUGUACGAUUGUCGAAAGUUUUCGGCACGUUCUCUGUGGCUCGGUGGUUCUCCUUGCCUGCUCAUGCCUUACGGUCGUGAGGUGGGACUUGACGACCAAUCUGAAAUCGAUGGCACCCGUUGGGGGGUGAUUCCAGCGAUCAAGGCCGAGUUGAUCAGGUUUGCAAAAGAGGGUUUUAAGUACCAUGAAUCAGAUUUGCGCUGGGGCCAUGUGCUUUUGGACCAAGACGACAAAGUCUUCUUUUGCGAUCUUGGAUCUCUCGAAGACUCGCAAUGCGCUAAGGAGAAUCCGGAACAUGUUGCUUGGGAGCAACUGAAAGUCUUGAUAAAGCCCAUGGUGAAGAAUUUUCCACUGCAGGAGUGCUUAAAAUGGGUACGAACCAGCACCGACAAAGCAAAUUCAAUCAUUUCAGGGGAGGAGGUUCUCCAAGAUCUCAUUGGUACCGAAGACGGCAACUGGGCCCAGCGAUGGGAUGCUCUUUUCCCUCCUGAUGUUGCGGCUGACGAUCUUUCGGCGGAAGCUACAGUAUGUCUGAGCGCCUUGUGGUUUUACAAGGGAGAAUCCGAGACUACUAGUGCGACGGGCUCACCGAGCAGUGAACCCAGUCGGAAUAGCGGGACGGGCGCAUCGAGCAGUUCACCCAGCCUACAAACGGAAUCGAGCGAGUACAAGGAGGAUGACACAGAUGUCACAGAGCGGGAGCCCAAGCGUGCGAAGCGUACACCGUAG